AAGCGAUUAACCGCAUAUCGAAGUCGAAACGCCACAAAUCAAAGACUGAAACGCCUUCAUUUCGACUUCCUUUCAUUUUCCUACGGCGUCCUAUUCAAUACAGUGAGAGGAAGGAACGUUUUUCAGCGCUUUUCGGAGGUUCGAAACAUCCUUCAGCGUCGACAAAAAGAAAAGGGAGGGAAAAGAGAAGAGCAGAGGAGAGGAGAGGGGCUUUAUCGGGGAGGAGUCGUGGAGACUGUUGUGUUGGGACAAGAAGAAGAGAAGAUUAGGCCACCACGCCAAACCUCUCCCGUGACGACUUUCGUUUCUCUCGCUUGGAAGGUCCGCAAACUUGUUGAUCUCAUUCCACAAAAAAGGAGGAAUUAACAGGAAGUGCUAGCGUCAUGUCAGGUUACACCCCUCAGGGGCCCUACCCGAUGACUCCUCACGGGGGCCAGUCGGUGGCCCCUUAUCCCACAUUCCAGGGCGGCUACGGGGAUUCCGCACCGGCCCCUCCUCCGGGCUUCAGUGUAGACUACAACCAAAGUCCACCCCCUGUAUUGUUUCAACCGGGACAGAUGGGGGCGGGCCCUUACGGCGGAGGAGCGGCUCCUUACGGCGGGACGCCGGCGGUGCCGGGGCCGGCCGCCUCGGUCCCUGUCGGGGUCCCGCCGGGACUUGAAUACCUCACUCAGAUCGACCAGAUUCUGAUUCAUCAGAAAGUGGAGCUUCUGGAAGCGUUCAUCGGCUUCGAGACCAACAACCAGUACGAGAUCAAAAACAGCCUGGGCCAGAAGAUCUACAAAGCCAAGGAAAAGAACGACUGCUGCACCAGGAACUGUUGCGGAUCUCUCCGCAGCUUCGACAUGAAAAUCAAGGACAACGGCGAUCGCGAGGUCAUCCGCCUGAUCAGGCCCUUCCGCUGCGUCUCCUGCUGGUGCCCGUGCUGCUUGCAGGAGCUGGAGGUGCAGGCGCCGCCGGGAACGACGGUGGGCUUCGUCAAGCAGGAUUGGCACCCCUUCCUACCGCGCUUCUCCAUCCAGGGGCCCAACAAGGAGACCCUGAUGAAGUUGGAGGGCCCCUGCUUUGCCUGCAACUGCUGUGGCGAUGUCACUUUUGAGCUGACGGGCAAAGACGGGGGUCAGCCCAUCGGUCGCAUUUGCAAGCAGUGGAGCGGCCUCCUGAAGGAAGUGUUCACCGACACAGACAACUUUGGCAUCCAGUUCCCUCUGGACAUGGAUGUCAAGAUGAAAGCCGUCCUCUUGGGUGCCUGCUUCCUCAUCGAUUUCAUGUUCUUUGAGAAGGUGGGCGAGGCCAACCAGCGCAGCACCGUCUUCUCGUAAGACAGCGAAGGAAUAUUCUCCCCGUGAUUGCCGACAGCCGCUGUCGCCUUAUUUGCACUCCUCGAGUCCAUAUUUGGGAAAUAUUUCAAGGCAAGUGCCUGAUUGUAUUGCCACUUGACCUUAUGUUACUAUUCCACUAUAGUUAGUAUUUUUAUCAAUAACCAAAGUGCAAAUCUUACAUAUUGCUCCUUCAAUGUACAAGGACACCAGUUAGUCAAUGCAAAUCAUCAGAAAUGAGUUUAUUUUACAGAGCAAUACUGUAAUGCACGUGUCCCGUUCACGGUGAUAUAAAAAAAAAAUAAAAGUGUCAUCAAAGUGAGUCUUUUCAAAAGCGACGGCUUACACGCGUCGCUCGGCGGAAGCGGAGCGAUCGUCACGCGACCAGCGGAUCAGGUAUCGGCUGGCGAGCUGCAGGUUCCACUGGUACCGGGCGAGUAUCCUGAGGCAGUCCUCCUUCGAGCACAGACUCAACGAGUAGAGCUGCUCCAACUGUAAAGACGCGGCCGUUAACGAUACCUUUACCGACGGUCGCUUCCGAAAAAUUGUUCCCACGAACGCGCCGUCGAAAACGCUUCGUCGCGGGCCUUCGUCACGCUUUGGCGUUUGGGAAAAUUGACCCCAAAAAUCCCGUCGUUUUCGGGCACUCGCCUUGAGUUGCUGCUCGGCUCGCGGCGGGUUCCAGUCGUUGCGUUGCAGUGCGGCGCGAGCCUCCUCGAUGGUCACGCCGUGCACGGCGUCCAUCACCUACGUAAUGCAAAAAUGUGACUCGUCUUGGAGAAAAAGUCU